GUGUGCACUGUCAAGUUUCUGAGAAUUUCCUUUAGUGAGAUUUUCCAGAACACCAGGCAUCAUCUGUGUUCUCUCUUCUUUUGCCAUCUGGUUCUGUAACAACCCUCUCUCAGGCUAUGCUAGGAAUGGGGAAGCAACCAACUAGAUGUUGUUUGGCUCUCUUGUUAUCUGAUUGUGAGACCCAAUAUCUCUCUAGAAAGGUUACCAGAGCCCUGUGAUGGUCUCCAUAUGGGCUACAGUGGGUUUGGGACUCCACCUGUUGCCAGUCUCCAGCUGUUCCCACUAUUGCUCAGCAGCACAGGUGGAAGAGGAGAGAUGCAAUGGAGAACCUCAUUGGCUGAGAAAGGGCAGGAGAUUACUUACUAGUUAUUGUCAGCAGCAAAAAAAAGACUUAACUUGUAGAAGUCUCAGUACUGGCAUACUGGAAUGAAAGUUUUGCUGUUCGUUGUGCUGGACUUCUACUCUACUCUGCUGGUCAGGGAGAAUGGCUGUGCACUUUGAACCUGAACUCUUUUCUUUCUGAAAGUGCCAUAAUGAGAACCGGAAAAUGACUGUGUGAGACUACUUGUUUUGGGAAAGCGCUUGUUAAUUUUUGAAAUUGUCUCUUUCUUGAUAGAUAUGUGCUAGGUAAAAGAAGAGACUGUUAAAAGAGGUGGCUGAUAUCAGUGUCUCAUUUUGAGAAGUUCUGUCUUGUUUCCCUCCUGCAGGGCAGGUUCUGAAGCACUCAGAUCAGGCGUUCAUUGUUCAUACAGGAUGUGGAGUGAAUGGAUCUUUAGCUCAGGGAGCUGUAAUGGUCAGGACUGUCUGCUGUAAUGCAAAGCCCCAUGGUUACUCUGAUUUCCAGACACAGCAACGUCUUCAUGUUUUCCAGUUACAUAUGCUCAGACAUGCAGACAUGUUGGAGGCUUACAUGGGAGAAACCUGGACUGAGGACGAUUUUGAACUACAGCAUUGUAUUGCAUUAGGAAACUACACAGAAGCCCCAUGCAAGUGGUGCCUAUUGUUUUCAUGAUCGGAGCCUUCUUUCUGAUACUAAAGCAGAGCGCAAUUCCUCUGUAGAAACUGAGGACAGAAAAAUUAGAGCUGUUAUUUGAGGCAAAAUGUCAACAUUAAGGCAAAUGAAGACACUUAGUUAGGAUUGAAGUAGUAACUGAUAGCCUGAAGACAUCGACCAAUAAGCUGACUGCAGCAAUACUUUUGUAUGUAUUUCUUCACUCAAAGAAAGUUCAAAUCAACAGAUGAGUUGCGAAAGAGAACAGCUAAGGCUGAUGUGGGCUUUGCCCCUGACAGAAGUUAUUUGGUUCUAGCUCUGAGUUUGGAAGAAGUUGGAGUUUUGCUACAUCCAUAUGGAGUGCCAAUGAUUCUGCCGGCAGCACCAUACUUCGCUGGACUUGUUCAGGGUAAUCAGGAAGCUACAGCACCUCCUGACACAAUGGCACAGCCUUAUGCCUCAGCCCAGUUUGCUCCUCCUCAGAACGGUAUACCUGCAGAAUACACAGCCCCACAUCCUCAUCCAGCUCCAGACUACACAGGCCAAACCACUGUUCCAGAGCACACAUUAAACAUGUACCCUCCUGCUCAGACACACUCUGAACAGAGUGCAGCUGACACAAAUGCACAAACUGUCUCCGGCACAGCCACACAGACAGAAGAUGCAGCACAGACCGAUGGUCAGCAACAGACGCAAUCUUCUGAAAACACAGAAAACAAAUCACAGCCAAAACGGCUUCACGUCUCAAAUAUACCAUUCAGAUUCCGUGAUCCAGAUCUUAGACAAAUGUUUGGUCAAUUUGGUAAAAUCUUAGAUGUUGAAAUUAUUUUUAAUGAGCGAGGCUCAAAGGGAUUUGGUUUCGUAACUUUCGAAAAUAGUGCUGAUGCGGACAGGGCGAGGGAGAAAUUACACGGCACCGUGGUAGAGGGCCGUAAAAUCGAGGUAAAUAAUGCAACAGCACGUGUAAUGACAAAUAAAAAGACCGUCAACCCUUACACGAAUGGCUGGAAAUUAAAUCCAGUUGUUGGUGCGGUUUAUAGUCCAGAAUUCUAUGCAGGCAGGGUGCUGCUGUGCCAGGCAAACCAGGAGGGAUCUCCCGUGUACAGUGCCCCCAGUUCACUAGUAUACACAUCCACAAUGCCAGGAUUUCCCUACCCUGCUGCAACUGCAGCUGCCGCGUACAGAGGUGCCCACCUAAGAGGCCGAGGUCGCACAGUGUACAACACGUUUCGUGCAGCAGCACCCCCCCCUCCGAUUCCAGCCUACGGCGGUGUUGUAUACCAGGAUGGAUUUUAUGGUGCAGACAUUUAUGGUGGUUAUGCUGCCUACCGGUAUGCCCAGCCUGCCACUGCCACUGCAGCUGCCUACAGUGACAGAAAUCAAUUCGUCUUCGUUGCAGCAGAUGAAAUUUCUUGUAACACCUCUGCAGUUACGGACGAGUUUAUGCUGCAGACCCCUACCACCACACACUUGCUCCAGCAGCCACCUACGGCGUUGGUGCCGUGGCUAGUAUAUACCGAGGGGGAUACAGCCGUUUUGCUCCAUACUAAAUGACAAAACCAUAAAAACCUUCCAAUGUGGGGAAAAAGGAAGCUUUCCGAGGCCUGGGUAUUGCAAUACAUGCAGUAGUGCAUCAUUUUAGCAACUCUAAAAAGAGGAAAAAUUACAUUUUUUAUCUUAUACCUCAGAUAUUUUGUUCUGUGUAUUUUAAUAUUGUGGGUCUUUAAUUUCCGAAGGUUACGUAGUUUGAUUGCUGGCUGUAGAAGUUUUUGUGGUUGAUCUAGAAAGCUGCUAGAUAUGAAUAAAAACUGUUUUAGGGCCACAAUCAAGAGUGCUAUAUCAUGUAAAUGAAUUAUAUAUGCUGAAUAUUAAGCUAUUGGGGUUAUCACAUGUUUUGUAAGAGUGUAAGUGACUACAGUAGUCAUUUUUUUCUGCAUCUACAUUUAUUUUAGUUUAUGAGAGGGAGGGAGGGGGGAAAUUGGGGACAUGGGAAUGGGGUUUAGCUAAAAUAUAAAUUAAUGAAGCAAAAAGGGGCCCCACUGCACCAACUAUCAUAUAUCAGCUGUCUUAAAUUAUUCACUGUUUGUUCAAAGCCAAAGGUUAUGUUCUUAUUAGGGGUGCUUCUCUCAAUACUUGUACAUAAAAUCAGAUUCAAAGCUGUCCGAAGGCACCCUUUUAAAGCAUUCCACCAGGCAGUAUUCAGCUAUUUAACCAUAACUAGUUAUUUAGGCAAAAACUGCUAGUUAGAUCAUUAACAAGCAUUCUUUUUAUAUUUCUUCCAGUAAAAUAAAUUAUUGAUAUCAUUGCUGACUUUUAUAUUAUGGGAGGGAAAAAAAAACAAUAAUAAAAAGGUGAUAAAAGCACUGUUUCUAUUUUUUUCUUUUUUUUCCAAAAAAAGAAAGUAAUAAAAACUUAAAUUCUUUGUACCAGUUAAAAAAAAAUGUAUAAAAUUUACAUCUGUGCAGUGGAGUUGUUAAGUUCUAGAAAUACACAGCCUAUGAUGCUUUAGAUUUAGCCUAGUAGACCAACUGUUAGAGACAGACGUAUCAUUUUUAUGGAAUUAUAUGAUAAUCAUAUUCAGAUUUAUAUAAGCAUUUUACAAGUAUUGCAAUCAUUGAGUAGAGAUAAUCAUGGUAUUUUCAUCAGCUUGGUACUUUUUGAAACAUGACUGUGUGGUGUAAACAAUCUGCAAUUUUUCAAGGCAUGACAACUUGCCCCUGUUUAAUUUUCCAACCAAGGCCACUUUGCUAAAUACUGGGCCCAAGACAACUUUUCAACUGGGACAAAAGAGGGACCUUCUUCUGACCGAGCACUGCGUGGAGAAGGCUGCUUGUCUGGGUCUCUGGCACGUGCAGCUGAGCAAAUGCCAGGGUGGCAGUUUCGAGCAUAGCUGAAAAAUUGCAGUUUGUCUGUGCAUAUGUUUGGACUCUUUCCAUGUUGUCCUGUUUACAAGUUAACCUAAGUUGGGGUGUUUGUCACGGGUCUUCUUGUUUUUGUAUUUAAAUAAAUAAAGCAGAAAACUGUCUUGCAACAGUUUUGCUGCAGAUAGUUAUAUCCUCAUGUGUAAUGUGCGUGCCUACUGGCAAGCACUUUAGUAAAUUAUCAACUCACCGCUGUGAACCUGCCAACUUGCUAUAACAACUCUGCUUUAAAAAAAGUGUUUGUGAUCAGGCUUUCUCUUUGUCAUCGUAUGUGCAUGCAAUAUGAUCAGUUGAACAAUAACCAUCAAUAAAGUUUCACAAGAUUUGAAAACAAAGUUUCUGUAGCAUUUAUAUCUAAGAAUGAAAAAUAAAUUAUCUUUAAAAUUGAAACAGAGAGAGAAAGAGACUGUAUUAACCAAUGAAAAAUGGGGCAGUAACAUGUAUUUAUACGAGUGAGGGAAUGAACUAAAAUUUAUUAAGAGUUCAAACCCCACAUUUAUUAUCUAAGAUAUAUGAGACAAGCCUCCUAUUUAAAGGAAAAAAAAAAAAAAAGUAUAUUUCAUUAAAACAGGAAGAUAAAGCACCUUGAAAAAUGUUUACCAAGUGUUAGGCUUCCAGUUCAAAAUGUAGAUGAUACAUCUUUUGGAAUUGCACACACAAAGUGUCUAAUGUGGAGAAUAAUAGAAUUUAUUUGCAAUUUUAAUUUUCAUGAGAUGGCUUUACAACUCCCACUCCCCAAAUGAUUAUAUGGCGUUUUAGUCUAUUCAAAUAAUCUUGAAAGGUUGAGGGUGCAGCCCAUAUUAGAAACUAUUUUGUUUAUAAAGCUCCUACAGUAUUCCUAGUAGCCAUUUUAAAAUGUAUGUCUGAAAUAGUUAUGUAAGAAAAGCGUUUGAAAUUUUUUUACAAUAUAUAUUGGGAAUGUUUUCACUUAUAUAAAUAACUACUGAUAAUAUGACUUAUGAAAAAAAAUGAUUACUACCAUCUGUGAAAUAUAGUGACUUCUAAACAGAUUAAAAAAAAAAAUACAAAAA